UUUUUUUCUUCGAUUACAUAUCCAGCCGCAGCCAUUGCUGUUCCUCCCCUCGCCCACCCUCCUCCCCUUCUCGCCCAUUGAUUCUUCUGCCUGUCUCUUUAUAUAAUAAUCUGGCCACAAUGUAUCGUGCAGCACUAAGAAACGCCUCACGGCCUGCUGCCAGCAGCUUGCGCACUGCCGCUGUCCGGACGGCCCCUCGGCGAUUUGCCUCAACUGCUCCCGCGGAUAGGUCUCGAUCAUGGAAGAGCUCUGCGCUUCGAUGGGGUUUGGCGGUUGCCGGUGUUUACUACUAUAAUACAAGCUCCGUCUUUGCGGAUGAGGCCGAGGCUCACGCCCUGCCUAUCCCCGCGCCUUAUACCGAUAACGAGCUGCCCACCGUCGAUGCAUUGAUCGAGCAGAAGCGAAAGGAUGCUAGCCCCAAGGCUGCCGAGCCGGCUGUCACGAAGACUGAGACCGCCAAGACCGACGACAAGUCAGAAACUCCCGCCCAGAGCGCUGCUGCCUUUGGCGAAUCCCCCGAGGCCCUGGAAGAGGAGGCCAGCCAAGAGAGUGCCUUCAACCCCGAAACUGGAGAGAUCAACUGGGACUGCCCCUGCUUGGGUGGUAUGGCGCAUGGCCCUUGCGGAGAGGAGUUCAAGACUGCCUUUAGCUGCUUUGUCUACUCUACCGAGGAGCCCAAGGGCAUGGAUUGCAUCGACAAGUUCCAGGGCAUGCAAGAGUGUUUCCGAAAGUACCCCGAAAUCUACGGCUCUGAGCUUGAAGACGAAGAAGCUGAGGCCGAGGCUGGUGAAGCGGCAGCUGCUGCUCCCGCCGCGAAGGCUGCACCCGCCGAGGCCCCUGCCGUACCCGUGGCCGAAGAAGACCGACAACAGCUCCGAGAAGAUAGACUUGCUCAGGGCCGCCACUCUGAUGCUGCUGAGACCGACAACCUACCUGGAGUCAAGUUGGUGGAGAGCUCAGUCCCAAGAGUAGAGGGCGAAGAGAAGGAGCAGAAAUAAAUGCAGUAAUAGAGGAAGAAGAAGAAGAAGAAGAAGCAAAGAGACAAAAACAAAACAAAAUCACGGUGUUUGGAGACAUAGAAGGAGCAAUAAAAUGAAGGCAAUCGACGGGUUCAAUGGGGGGUUGCCUUUGAUGUAUAUUACGUGGUCUGUAUGAUACGGGGCCCGAUGUGUUCCAAACUGCAUAAAUGGUGCGCAAAAAAUGCCAUGGGGGGUUAGAAGGCUUGCAUCUAUAUUGUAUAAACACACAAGUCAAUUUAUGAUAUUCAACUUUUCAGAC